GUAAUAGCUUAAACAUUAUGUACAUGAGUUAUUGAUCUAAGGGGCUUGAGUGUUAAUGCUAGUAAGUACAGUACAAUUACAGGUUAUGUGUAAGUUAUGCGUUUUCAAAUAUAUACAAUUUUGAAAAUUCAGCUUAUAGUAGUGUAGGAGACUUCAGAAUAAUGUGUGCAGUUUGCAAUUGAAGUAUCCACAAGCACAAAUCCUCGCCACAUCAGAAUAAUGUGUGUAGUUUGCAAUUGACGUACCCAUAAACACAAGUCAUCACCACAUCCAAUUGCUUAGUGUCACGAGGGAACUGGGUGGUUUUUCGUUAGUGAGUUGAUAAAUAAUAUCCAUAUGUAUGUUUAAUAUAUGAAAGUAGUCCAUCCACGGUAACCUCCUACUUUUUUAAACGAACCUUUGAAAAAACACACCAGGAUGCAGCAUGUUUGGUUCGUUUGCAAAAAUACUUUCCAUCAUAUGCAUAUUAAACAUGCAUUAACACUAAAUUACCGUAUAAUGAUGUUAAAUAAAAUUUUACAAAAAAAGUAACUAUCUAUGUACAAUAUUAUUAAUAUUAAUGAUCUCGCAUGUGUGUAAAUGAAACAGUGAGAGAAGUGGUGUGUUGGCAAUGAUUAGAACGAAAUAGUUCCAUAGCCAAAAUAUAUAUUUUUUGACUUUCCGCGUGUAUUUAAGAAUUUGUUUGGGUAUUUGUUAAGUUUGAACAUUUUUUUAAAUCUCUGGUGAAAUAAAAACGUUAUGUUAACGGUAAAAAAAUAUUACGUGCCGAAAACGUGGUCGCGCAUUAAUAAUGUUAAUAGUCACUUGUUUGUUUUCUCUUUCAGCCGUUUGUCUGCAGUCUGCACUCUUUACGCCAUAUUGCAGUGUGUUUUAAUAUAUUACUGACCGUGAAAUAACGUACAGUUUGUGUUUCAGGAUUUUGUGUUAAUAUUGUGUAUUUUAACUUUGUUAUAUUAUUUAUUAUCUACUAUUGUAAUGAUGGAAUUUGUUAUCGUUUUGAUAUUUUGUGUGGUUCUUGUGAUUGCUGUAAUGGUAAUUGGUUCCGGUAUGGGGAAAGCUACUUCUUCGCAGCGUCAGAUGAACAUCAUUAACGUCGCUCAGAACUUAUAUGUUUUAAUUAGGAAAGGCGACUUGAAGAAAUGUGACGUUACGCAGACGACCGCGUUUCUUCUCAACAUCGCAAAGUCAACUGUUCUCAAGUACUACAAGAAAGACAUUGAAGAAGUUUCAACACCAGGAAAAAAGAGGAAAAAAAGGCCACAGGAAGGAAAGUCACUUGACACAGUCGACGAUUUCACAGUAAAUGCAAUCAGGAAUGCAAUUUACAGGAUGUACGCUGAAGGUUUGAAUGUUACAGUCGACACCAUUUUGAAAGAAAUCAGGGAAAGACAAAUAGAUUAUUAUGGUGGAAGAUCAAGUCUUCAUAAAUUGUUAAAGAAGAUGGGAUUUUCAUGGACAACUGUUGAUGGACGAAAAGCUUUGAUAGAGAAUGAAAACAUAUUAUUGCAGCGAAUAGAUUUCUUGAGAAAGUAUAAAGAAGAAAAAGAAAGAGGUGCCAAUUUCAUAUUUGUUGAUGAAACAUGGAUUUUCCAGAGAGGCAAGGCAUUAAUUUAUUUGAAAAUUUGUUCUGUGGUCCAAUACAAAGUAUUUCAUUUCCAUUUCAUAUAUUUUUCAGGAACUGUAUCAAAGUCAUGGCAGGACAAGAGUCUACAAUCUGCGAAGAGACGUACUGUUGGAGAUGGUAAAAGGUUUAUUGUUGUUAAUGCUGGAGGGCGCACUGGCUUUGUGCCAGGAGCAGGAUUACUUUUUGUUUCAGGUCAGAAGACUGCAGACUACCAUGGCGAGAUGAAUGGGGAAACUUUCUUGAUGUGGUUUGAAGACAUGUUGGUGCAUCUUGAGGAACCCAGUGUCAUCAUAAUGGACAAUGCUUCAUAUCACAGCACCCAGGUUGAGAAAACACCUACAACGAACUGGACCAAGGAUGCACUGAUCGCGUGGCUGGAGAAGAAUGAGAUAAAACAUGAAAAUAAUUUGUUGAAAGUGGAGCUGCUGAGAAUAGCUAAACAAAACAAGCCCCGAAUACGAUGGGCGAGGUGUGUGGAUCACGUGGAGAAGCUAAUUCAAGCAGACUGGGAGAGAGAAGUCCACAUAGACAGCGGCACCAUUCCUCCACUCAUCAUCCACCUCGGCGAGGAUAGUUCAAGUGAAGACAGUGACAGCGAAGAAUUUGAGGUUACGACACAGCAAGUAGAUGGAGACAGUGAAGUACUGGCAGUUCCUCUUGAUGAUUUACCCGGGUGUUCUUAUUGAGGUCUGUAUGUAAUAAACACCUGGGCAACUGUAAGUAUUGGGGUCUGAAACAUUUUUUUUUCUUUUAUGCAUUCCCAUUAAGUAUGUUGAUUACUGGAACUUUAUGUAUUAACUUUAUAUUACACAUAUUAUGAAAUUAAUAAUAAAUUUCAUUUCUGGAUUCGUAUAGGUGUAUGUGAAACAUUUUAUUUUGUUGUGUGUCUUCAUUUUUCAGUGAACUUACUUGGAAAACAAAAAGCCAGUCCCCAUCCAGGGCCACAAAUAAAUAAUGCAUAUAAGUGGUAUAGAAAUUACUGUCAAUUCUUUACCACAAUUUUACUGUUCAUAAAAUUAUGAUUUUGUCUAAUAAGUAUACUCAGGAAAAUGUAUAUAACCAUAUUUUUAUUUGUGGCCUUAACCGGCAAAAUGGUAGGGGUUUAUUAAAUAAAAGAAGAAAAUUCAUUUUUAAAUGUUUUCAUCUGAAUUUGUUAAUUUUAUUAAACCUUCAAUCCUUAGUCUUUUCCAGAUUGCUUAGAUGGACAGCCAUAUGUAUAAUUUACAAUACUUUUUUUUUCAGAUGCAGAAAACUGUGUUGAACUGUACUAAAGGAUGAUAUUUAUUGCUUACAUAAAUGUUGUAAA